AUGGCCGACAUCAAGAUCGACACCAAGGUAUUCCAGGAGCGCAUCACCCAUCUUGCGACUGCCUGGAAGAACGACCAGCGCGGCAGCAAUGGCAUCUUCAACGGCGCCACAUCCAUGCUCGUCAUGAUGGGCAAGGUCGAGGAGGUUCCUGAGCUGCACAAGAACAAUGCCAUGCACUUUUGGCUCCUCGGCUACGAGUUUCCGACGACUUUGAUGCUCCUGACCGUCGAUACGAUUUACAUUGUCACGACUGCGAAAAAGGCCAAGCACCUUGAGCCCCUCAAAGGCGGUCGUUUCCCUCUCGAGAUCCUCGUGCGAGGCAAGGAUGCCGCCGAGAACCAGAAGAUCUUUAUCAAGAUCGCCGAUACUAUAAAGGCAGCAGGCAACAAAGUUGGCAUCAUCGCGAAGGAUACCUCGAAGGGCCCCUUUGUCGACGAAUGGAAGAAAGUCUUCGCCGAAAACUGCAAGGAUGUGGAGGAAACCGACAUCUCCCCAGCGCUUUCCCAGAUCGCCUUCUCCGUCAAGGACGAGUCGGAGUUACGCGCCAUGCGCACCGCCUCCAAGGCUUGCGUCGGUCUCAUGACGCCUUACUUCCUCGACGAAAUCACCGAUAUCGUGGAUGGCGACAAGAAGGUCAAGCACAGUGCCCUCACCGAUCGCGUAGACAAGAAGCUGGACGACGCAAAGUUCUGGCAGAAUCUCGAGCUGCCCAACUCCACGAAGCUCCCUUCGGAUAUGGAUACCUCGCAACUCGACUGGGUCAUGGGACCCACGGUCCAGAGCGGUGGCAAGUUUGAUCUGAGGAUGGGUGUCGAGAGCAACGACGACCCCUUGCAUCCGGGCAUUAUCAUCGCCAACAUGGGUCUGCGAUAUAAAUCCUACUGCUCCGCCAUUGCCCGAACUUACCUCAUGGACCCCAACAAGGCGCAGGAGAGCACCUACAAGCUUGUGCUCAACAUUCACAACAUGAUCAUCAAGGAGAUCCGCGAUGGCGUUGUGGCCAAGGAGGUGUACAACAAAGCUCUAGCUAUGAUCAAGUCGAAGAAACCCGAGUUGGAGAAGCAUUUCCUGAAAAACGUGGGCUACGGUAUUGGUCUGGAGAACAGGGAUCCGACCCUCCUCCUGAGCGCCAAGAACUCCAGAGUUCUGAAGGACGGCAUGACCCUAGUUGUCACCACCGGUUUCAGCGACAUUGAGAAUCCUCAGCCCCAGGACAAGAACAGCAAGACGUACUCGAUGGUCAUCACGGACACAAUCCGCGUUACCUCGAGCGAGGCUGUCGUGUUCACUGGCGAGUCGCCCACCACGGCCGAUGCGUGCUCUUUCUUCUUUGAAGGCGAGGAGGAGACGGCCCCGACUCCCAAGAAAGAGAAGAAGGAUGGUCGCGUUGGUGCUGUUGCUACCAAGAAUAUCACCUCGACCAGACUACGAUCAGAACGCAACGCUCAGCCUGACGAUGACGCGGACCAAAAGCGCCGUGAGCACCAGAAAGAGCUUGCUUCAAAGAAGCAGAAGGAAGGCCUGGCGCGGUUCUCCGAGUCUACGGCUGGCCAAAACGGUACCGAGAUCAAGAAAUUCAAGCGUUUUGAGUCAUACAAGCGGGACAACCAACUUCCCCCCAAGGUAAGGGACUUGUCCAUCGUCGUCGACGCGAAAAUGGGCACGAUCAUUCUCCCUGUCAUGGGUCGGCCCGUGCCUUUCCACAUCAACACGAUCAAGAAUGCAAGCAAGAGUGACGAAGGAGACUGGUCGUUCUUGCGUGUCAAUUUCCUGUCGCCCGGCCAGGGUGUUGGUCGCAAAGACGAUCAGCCAUUCGAGGAUGCCACAGCCCACUUCGUCAGGAGCUUGACAUUCCGUUCCACGGACGGCGACCGCUACCAAGAGAUUGCCACGCAGAUCUCGAACAUGAAGCGUGACAGCAACAAGAAGGAACAGGAGAAGAAGGAGCUCGAGGACGUUGUCGAGCAGGACAAGCUCGUCGAGAUAAGGAACCGCCGCCCGGCUGUUCUCGACAACGUGUUCCUACGCCCAGCAAUGGAGGGCAAGAGAGUACCCGGCAAGGUCGAGAUUCACCAGAACGGUAUCCGCUACACUUCGCCGCUCCAUGGCAGCCAGAGGGUGGACGUUCUCUUCUCCAACGUCCGACACCUCUUCUUCCAGCCCUGCCAGCACGAGCUCAUCGUCAUCAUCCACAUCCAUCUCAAAGACCCCAUCGUCUACAGUAACAAGAAGAAGACGAAGGACAUUCAGUUCUACCGCGAAGCGACCGACAUCCAGUUCGACGAGACUGGCAACAGGAAACGUAAGUACAGGUACGGCGAUGAGGACGAGUUCGAGCAAGAACAGGAGGAGCGCCGUAGGAGAGCGGAGCUCGAUCGCCUCUUCCAAGGCUUUGCGCAAAAGAUUGCCGAAGCUGGUAAAAACGAAGGCAUCGAGGUCGACAUGCCGCUGCGAGACCUUGGAUUCCACGGCGUGCCGUUCCGCAGCAACGUCUUCAUUCAGCCCACUACAGACUGUCUGAUCCAGGUCGUGGAACCCCCCUUCAUGGUUCUCACGCUCGACGAUAUCGAGAUCUGCCACCUGGAACGUGUGCAGUUCGGUUUGAAGAACUUUGAUAUGGUCUUCGUCUUCAAGGACUUCUCGAGGGCCCCAUACCACGUCAACACGAUUCCUGUCGACUUCCUUGAUGCCGUCAAGGAGUUCCUCGACUCGUCUGACAUUGCCUACUCGGAAGGUCCUCUCAACCUGAACUGGCCUACCAUUAUGAAGACCGUCACGGCCGACACGCACCAGUUCUUCAUCGACGGCGGCUGGUCCUUCCUGCAGGCUGAGUCUGACGACGAGGACGGCGGUGAGGAGUCGGAGGAGAGCAACUUUGAGAUUGACGACGACGAGCUUGACGAAGCAUCCGAAUCGAGCGAAGAGGACUCGGACUUUGGCUCGAAUGCCUCUGACGAGGAUGACGCAGACAUGAGCGAUGAGGACGAGGGCGAGGACUGGGAUGAGCUCGAGGCCAAGGCCAAGAAGCGAGAUCGCGAGAGCGCUCUCGAGGAAGACGAGGGUCGCAACAAGAAGAAGCGCAAGCACUGA